AUGUCUCCCAACGAGCGUGACAACGUCGAGCGUCCCGAUGAGGACCUCGAAGACAUGCUCGCCGCCGACGAGGCCGACGAGAUUAUAGACAGCAAAGCCGACGACGUGGCCAUGGACUCGGAUGACGACGACGCCCGCGAGGAGCUCAUCCUGCACAACGACUCCAUCGCCUACUUCGACGAGCCCCAAGACUCCCUCUUCGCCAUCGCCCAGCACCCCGUGCACCCGUCCCUCGUCGCUGUGGGAGGCUCCGCCGGCCGGGAAGACGACGCCCCCGGCGCCGGAUGGCUGUUCGACACCUCGGCUGCCAAGUCCCGCCCCGUCCUCCCUCCCAGCUACGCAACCGACCCCGCCGCCGCCGCCGAAGCGCCCCAGACGACGCCGUUGGCCAGCCUCUUCGAGCUCGACGGCCACACCGACUCCAUCAACGCCCUGUGCUGGACGCUGCCCCGCGGCGACGCCCUCGUCAGCGCCGGCUUGGACGGACGCCUGCGCGCCUGGAAGGCCGACGUCAAGCCCCCGGCCCCUCUCGCCAUGAGCCUGCUCGGCGAGAUGCAGGAGGUCGAGGAGAUCAACUGGCUCGCGCCCUGCCCGUCGCCGUCGAACCAAAACGCCGUCGCCCUCGGCGCCUCGGACGGCUCCGUCUGGGUCUACACCGUCGACCCCUCGGACCCUUCCAAUCCCCUGCAGAUUGUGCAGUCCUACUUCCUCCACACCGGCUCCUGCACCGCCGGCGCCUGGACGCCCGACGGCCAGCUGCUGGCCACCGUCGCCGAGGACAGCAGCCUGUACGUCUGGGACGUAUGGGGCGCUGCCGCCGCCAAGGGUCUCGUCGGGGACAACGGCAUGACCGUCGUCUCGCUCACGGCCGACGACCAGCGCUUCAUCGUCGACGGUGGCUUGUACUCCAUGGCCGUCGAUCCCAAGGGAGCCUUUGUCGCCGUCGGUGGCGCCGGCGGCACCGUCAAGAUCGUCUCCCUCCCACGCGUCGCGGGCGCCGCCCAGUCCGCCGACCCGGCUGCCGGUGGCCAGAUCCUCGCCUCGCUGCAGACGCAGGGCGACAGCGUCGAGUCGCUGGCCAUCUCUCUCGCCUCGACGGCGCCACCCACCACCCUGCUGGCGGCCGGCUCCGUCGAUGGCAGCAUCGUCGUCUACGACGCCACCCGUCGCUUUGUCGUCCGCCGUCACAUCGCCGCCGCCCACGAGGACCACUCGGUCGUCAAGAUCGAGUUUGUCCCCAACUCGUGGCUGCUGACGAGCUGCGGCAUGGACGGCGUCGUCCGUCGCUGGGACCUGAGGGGCGGCACCUCGGGCGCCGCCACCGCUGUCGAGGCCGGCCUGCAGAAGGAAUGGAAGGGCCACCGGGGCGAGGGCGAGGGCGGCGGAGUCCUCGGCUUCGCCCAAGGCGUUACGGGGGAGAGGAUCGUCACGGCCGGGGAUGACGGCGUCGCCUUGGUGUUUGAGCUGUAG